GGGGCUGUUUUACUCUCUGAACUUCAGGCAAACUUUACUUAUUAAAAUACAGAUGAAAUAUCACUAUACACCCGCUUCCAUGCGCCACCACGCCUGACCUAGGAAGAGAUCUUAAAGUAGCUCCCAGAUGUUCCUGGAGCCCUCCUGACACUGAGAUGCUAUUUGUAGCCCAUGGGAGCCAAGUAUAAUGAACGAGGAGGCAACCGUGACAGCUACAUCCACACUGCCACCAGGACCUCUCCAACCCAGGGAGCUAGCAGGUUCUGCAGGGAGAGCAAGACCAUGUUCCUCUUUGACUUUGCGUGGUAUGUAAAUGUCAUGACUCAGAGAGGGGAGGGCAGAGAAUUACAGAGAACUAAUUAAAUCAGCACCUCCCACCCACGCUUUAUACCCAGCUUUGAUCUGGUAGAAACGGCUAGGACAAUUCCGUGCUGUUUUAGACGACAUUGCCUGAGUUCUACUUUGGUGCCUGCUCAGUUGUGAACUUCAGAGCCUGACAUUCGCUCAGAACAGAUGAUAAAGGACUUCAAGAGCUUUUCACCAAGGUUAUAUUUAUUAAGGAGGGUGGUUCAGGAUGUUGCUCUCUCCUGCCUAUCUUCUGGAAAGGUUUUUAUGUAUAGUGAUAUAAUGCUAAUCCAUGAAUGUUUUGCAGAUUUGAAAAACUGCUGGAGACACAGCCAGGUGCAAUGUGCUUUCUCCUAACCCACAGCUCAAGCAGGGCUUGGUUAAUUCAGAGGAAGCAACAAGAACAAAACCCCAAAAGGCACCAUGCCAGCGUGGAAAAGGACACUCCCAGAGUUAAGCUACAAAGAAGACUCUGAGGCCAACCAGCUUUCUACAAGAAGCAGACACCAGCUGAUCCGCCUGGAAGAGGUUUAGACCAGUUGAGACACCUGGAAAGGACAGUGUCCAACCUGCUGAGCUGCCCGCAGGCUGGGCAGUGAGCGCUAGGUCCCCACUUUUGUGAGAUGUCACCCAUGCUGGAGCAGGCUUUGAUAAUACAGCCGUCUUCAAGUUAUUUCUGCUCCUUCUUGCUAUAUAGACCUAACCACCGUGGGACUGCUAUGUGGACCAAGUAAACGUUGAACCUGUGGCAAUCCUCCUGCUUCUGAAUCUUCAGUGCUAGCGUUACAGGGUCACCACCCUUCUACCUCGCGAAAGGAAUGGAUUUCAGCAGCUGCCUUUACAAUAUUGCCGAACAGCUGGGCAGUAGUGAAGUGGCCGCCCUCAAGUUUCUGUGUUUGGACUACAUACCACCGAAGAAACAGGAGCCCAUCAACGAUGCCCUGAUGCUCUUCCAGGCGCUGCAGGAGAAGGAAAUGUUGGAGGAAGGCAAUCUGUUCUUCCUGAAGGAGCUGCUUUUCCUCAUCUGUCGGCUGGACCUGCUGACCCACGACCUAAACAGCAGUAAGGAGGAGAUGAAGAAAGAGCUUUAUGAUCUAGACAGAGCUCAGGUUUCUGCCUACAGGGUAAUGCUCUUUAAGCUCUCAGAACACGUGAGCGAUUUGGAGUUGAAAGAGUUUAAGUUUUUCUUGGAAAAGAAGAUCCCCAAAUGUAAGCUGCACGAUAACUCGAGCCUGCUGGAUGUUUUUGUGGAAAUGGAGAAGAGGCUCAUCCUGGGGGAGGACAACUUUGAGACCCUGAAGUCAAUCUUUGAAUAUGUCAACAAGAGUCUGCUGCGGUAUAUUGAAGACUUUGAAGAAUCAAACAGAGAGAGAAGAAUGAGCCUGGAAGGCGGAGCAGAGGCGUCAGGCUCAUUUUCGGACGGGCAGAGCUGCAUCAGAAUGCAGGAAAUGUAUAACUCCCUAAGAGAAGACAUCGACUCCCAGGUAUCGGAUAGAAUAUAUCAAAUGAAGAGCAAACCUCGGGGAUACUGUCUGAUCAUCAACAAUAACGACUUCAGCAAGGCGCGGGAGGACGUACCCAGACUCUGCAAGAUCAGGGACAGGAAAGGAACAAGACAUGAUGAAGACGCGUUGACCGACACCUUUCAAAAGCUUCAUUUUGAGGUCGUGUCUCACAAAGACUGCACAGCCAGUAAGAUCCGUGAGAUCCUAAGAGCCUUCCAAAGCAUGGACCACGAGAGCAAAGACUGCUUCAUCUGCUGCAUCCUCUCCCACGGGGACAAGGGUAUCAUCUACGGCACCGACGGGAAGGAAGCCUCCAUCCGUGAGCUGACAUCGUAUUUCACUGGUUCCAAGUGUCCUUCUCUGGCUGGAAAACCCAAAGUCUUUUUCAUUCAGGCUUGCCAAGGGGAUAGCUUCCAGAAAGCUGUACCCGUUGAGACCGACUCAGAGCAGGACAACUACUUAGACAUUGACUCAUCAUCUCAAAAGAACUAUAUUCCAGAUGAGGCUGACUUUCUGCUGGGGAUGGCUACUGUGAAAAAUUGUGUUUCCUACCGAGAUCCCAUGCGCGGAACCUGGUACAUCCAGUCACUUUGCGAGAGCCUGAGAGAAAGAUGUCCUCGAGGUGAUGAUAUUCUCAGCAUCCUGACUGGCGUAAACUACGAUGUGAGCAAUAAAGACGACAGGAGGAACAUGGGGAAGCAGAUGCCCCAGCCCAUCUUCACGCUACGGAAGAAGCUGUUCUUCCCUCUCAACUGAUGUGUGCUCCACGUGGAUGGCACUCGGCUAGCCCAUGCACUUUU